AUGUCUCAACACGAAAUUAUUGAUGUGGAGGCAGAUAAAUUAGCCACUGCAACAAAAGUAACUAAAGAGCAUUCAUUGCUAUUUGUGUAUGAUUCCGAUGUCACAAUGUUUAAAGGUCUGUUAUCAUCAUCUCCUUCCAAAAAAAUACAGAAUAAUGAAACACCAAGUGUUUUUUCUAAAAAAAUAAUUGAACAUGAUAUAUCCAAACAUAAUCCUCUAAGUUCUCCUGUACAAAGAAAGUCUAUCUAUGCCUGUAGCUUAUCUGAUGAUAAAAAUGAAAUUGAAUAUAUUGGCCUGAAUAUAAAUGAGAGCUCAAAUCCAAACUACAUCAAAUCAAAUAUAGUCUGCGAGGAUUUUUCGGAAAUCGAGAUAUUGAAUGAAACACCAGCAGAAUUUAAAAAGAAGGGCGAAUUUGAUCAUGAUAGAAUAUCUGAUACGCUAAUUGUUUUAUCUGAUUCAGAUCCACCAGAUCGAGGCCUAGAUCUAGAUUCAGAUGUUUUCAAUUCAUCAAAGAAAACGCUUUCAGCUAUUUUUAAUGAUAGAAAUGCUGAUAAACUCAAAAAUAAUUCCCCUACAACAAAUUUAAAAGAUAAAAAUAAAAGUUUGUUAAAACCUGUUAAAAGAAAGUCAAAUAGUACAAAUUCCUCGCCAGUUUCCAAAAGGAUUAAAAACAGAACAAAAUCACUUGGUUUGUUGCUUGAUUUUACUUCGGAUAUAGUUUCCAGCCUAGGAUUGGAACCUGAUUAUGAAUACGAUGAUGGAGUGAUUUACAAUAAUUUUAAUGAGAGAAUAACUCAAAAAGUUAACAAUAAAGGAAAAGAAAGAGGAAAGAAAAACCCCCCAGAGAAAGAAAUAAUAGACCAUGAAUCUCCAAAAAAAAUUAAUGAUAAUAACAAAAAACAAUUUCCAAUAAAAGUAUUUUCCAGUUCUCAGGGAAAUAAUAGCGUUGUAAACAAUAGCAUAUCAUUUUUAGAAGAUCCUAGUUUAUUGAAUCCCAGAAUAAAAAACUUUUUACCAAAAAAUCUAUCAAAUAAUAAUAAAAAUGAAAAUUCUAGUUUAAAAGUUCCAAACGAUAUACUGAUAAUAGAACUUAAUUCAGAUCCAAUAACCAAUACUCCAAUUUCAAAAAAAUCAACCAAAAAUACAAGACUUGAUAAAAUUUUUUUGGCUGAUUUAUUUGGAAAAAGUAAAUCAGCCCUAGAUUUUGAUUUAGAUUCUGAUCCUAUUGUUUGGACUCCUGAAAAUAAAAAGGUUUCAAACUUUUUGAAAAACAGCACAAGAACAAAAACAGUGCCAUGCUUACCAAAAUUAACAUCAAAUAACACUAAUCAUUCUACCCCUAAAGCCACUCGGUCAAAAACUUUUCCCAGAUCUAUCGAUGAAAGAAAUUCUGAUUUUAUUAAUUAUGAUAAAAAAUUACUAAAAGAAAUAAAUAAACUUAAAACUAAAGAAGAUUGUUUAGCCGAAAUAAUCAUGGAUAUUGAGGAGUCUAUUUUUAACAAUUUAAGUAAAAAUGCAAAUCUCAACGAGUUUUUUGACCCAAUUGAAAUCAAAUCACUGAGAUCCAAUAACAAGUUACCUUUAAUAACCUGGACCAGAAAAAUAGUAUCCGAGUAUGAUUCUAAGAGAGAUAUUUUUGUUCCUGUUGCUGAAACCAAAAAAAAGGAAAACAUUGCAGCACUUUAUUAUUCGGCUUCUGAAAUUAUUGAAAAAAUUCAAAAUAAUGUAUUAAAAGAGGAAAUUAUAAGUUUAAAGACGAAUGGAAAGUUUGAAUUGAUUAUAGUGAUUGCUGAAGGAUUCAAUACUCAUUUAAGAAAACUUGAAACAUCUGACAAUAGAAGUUACGCUUCUCGGGUUCGAAAAGUAAUGAGCACAUCUGAAGAGCUUUCAAUAACAAGUAACAAUAAAAGCAAAUUGUCAAAAAAAAAGGAAGUACCACAGAAUAUUAAAAUGACAGCAGAAGAAAUUGAUGGUCAGGAUGGAAUCAACUGGAUUAAAUCUUUUACUUACACAAUCUCUUCUGAAAUUUACGAUAGUAAUAUGAGAAAUAGUGAAUUUUCAAAUAUUGGUGUCAUUAGAUCAGGAAGAGAUGCAAACGACUGCUAUUUGAAAUCUCUUCAGCAGUUUAAAUUCAUGACGAAUAAUAUUUCAAAAAACAUAUCUGAAAAGUUUCCAUCUUUAAUGUCUAUUCUGGAAACAUAUAUUAAAGGUGAUGGAUUGGGAAAAGGGUUUGAUGGUAAAAAACUCGCGAGAGAUUCACUUGAUGUUUCAUUAAAAAAAUUGUUUACUUCAAAUGAUCCUAACGAGAUCUUAAAUAAUUAA